AUGCGCCUCCCACUCUUGUGUCUUCUGCAGCUGGCCGCGACCAGCUUCGCCCUGACCAAGCCAGACUACGACAACUAUGACUAUUAUGCCGUGCAUCUGUCCCCCAAUUCCUCGCCCGAAACGAUAGCUACACACCUUGGUCUGGACUUCGAUAGCGCCAUCCACUCUCUCAAGGAUCAUUAUGUUUUCAAAUCACCAAAAGCCUCUCUGGACCUUAUACACGAAGCCAAGCAGGACUUGAAACGCCUUAGAAUAAAAAGACAGAUUGGCUGGGACCGCCGCCAUCCUCUGGAUGAUAUCCUGCUCAACAAAAAGCAAGAGCGUCGCUUGCGUCUGUUCAAGCGUGCACCGCCGCCGCAGUCCGCUGUCCUGUCUAUACGAGCAGACAAGCAGCCGGUGGACUCGAAGGUGCAGAAAGGUCUGGAUAUUGCGAAGAGUCUGGACAUCGAGGAUCCCACCUUCCCGGAACAAUGGCACUUGUACAAUCCUAGCCAGACAGGACACGAUAUCAAUGUCACAGGAGUGUGGCUGCAGGGUAUCACCGGGAAGAAUUCGACCGUCUGCAUCGUUGACGAUGGUUUGGACAUGGACAGUGACGAUCUACGCGACAAUUAUUUUGCUGCUGGUUCGCACGAUUUCAACGACCAUGUCGAUGAGCCGAAGCCCAGACUGUCUGAUGAUCACCAUGGUACUCGCUGCGCUGGCGAAGUGGCCGCCGUGAGAAACGACGUCUGUGGCGUCGGUGUUGCGUACGACUCGAAGGUCGCCGGUGUUCGCAUUCUCUCUGGCGCUCUCACCGAACUGGAUGAGGCACUCGCUUUGAACUACGCCUACCAGGAAAAUCAUAUCUACUCGUGUUCAUGGGGUCCCCCAGAUGACGGCCAAAGCAUGGAGGCACCUGGUAUCAUAAUCAAAAGAGCCAUGGUUGCCGGAGUUCAGGACGGUCGACAGGGCCUUGGUAGUAUUUUCGUCUUUGCCAUUGGCAACGGAGCGGCCAAUGACGACAACUGCAACUUUGACGGUUAUACCAACAGUAUCUAUAGUGUUUCCGUUGGCGGUAUCGAUCGCAAAGGCCUGCACCCAUACUACAGUGAGAAAUGCUCGGCACAACUAGUCGUGACAUAUAGCUCUGGCUCUGGCGAUGCUAUUCAUACUACGGACGUUGGAGCGAAUCAGUGCUAUGUCAGCCAUGGUGGUACAUCAGCUGCCGGUCCGCUAGUCGCAGGCAUAUACGCACUAGUGCUUGAGCUCAGACCCGAUCUUACUUGGCGCGAUAUUCAAUGGCUAACUGUUCUCACUGCUAUUCCAAUCGACCAACCCGAGGACGAUUGGCAAGACACCCCUCUUGGACGCCGGUUCAGCCACGCUUCGGGUUACGGAAAGAUUGAUGCUUAUGCAAUCGUGGAAGCCGCCAGAAACUGGACAAAUGUCAAGCCUCAGGCAUGGUUUUUCUCUCCCUGGAUGCAUGUUAGACAUGACAUUCCUGAGGGCGAGAAGGGCAUAGCUUCCAGCUUCGAGAUCACCGAACAGAUGCUCAAGGACGCCAAUCUGGAACAGAUCGAGCAUGUCACUGUGACCAUGAACGUGGAACAUAGCCGUCGUGGUGACCUCAGUGUGGAGCUGCGCUCGCCUGAGGGUAUCAUCUCGCACAUCGCAACUUCUCGUCGCAGAGACGAAGCGCCUGCUGGCUAUGACGACUGGACGUUCAUGUCGGUUGCUCAUUGGGGCGAACGCGGAGUAGGAAAGUGGACUGUGAUUGUUAAGGACUCGACAAAGAACGGCCAUACGGGCAAAUUCAUCGACUGGCAUUUGAAGCUUUUCGGCGAAUCAAUUGACGGAGCGAAACAAGAACUGUUGCCAUUGCCUGACGAGCACGACGAUGACAAUCAUGAUAUUGAGACCACCAGUGUUGGUGGAGCCACUACGAGUGUCGAUCAUCCUGUAAUGACUGGCGAGCCUCAAGGCAACCCCACCGACCAUAUCGACCGACCUGUCAACAGCAAGGUGUCAGUGACCGCGGCUCCUACAGCAGAGCCAACAUCAGAGACCACUGCAGAGCCAACGUCCAAACCUGACGCAGAAGAAGACGGAGUAAGCGAGAAACCCGAAAACAACUUCCUGCCCUCUCCGUUCCCGACUUUCGGUGCCUCGAAGCGCACCCAAGUCUGGAUAUAUGGAGCGUUUGCACUCAUUGCGGUCUUUUGUACAUCACUCAGCGUUUGGUACGUCCUCACCAAGCGCCGCAAACAGCGCAAUGCGCGUGACGAGUACGAAUUCGAAAUGUUGAAUGAAGAGGACAUUGACGACGAAGGUGCCAGAGGAGCCAGCGGUACCAACGGGAUGAGUGCAAAGGCAAAGGGGAAGCGUAGAGCAGGAGAACUCUACGACGCCUUUGCAGAGGAUAGUGAGGAAGAGGAUGUGUUCAGCGUCGGUGAUGAUGAAGAGUACGACCACGACCAUGAGCAUACAGGAUACCGAGAUGAUGCAGGCGCUGUGCAGGGAAGUCCCAGCCAGAGGCGGAGUGAUACAUGA